AUGGAGUACACUCGUUAUGGUGGAGUACACUAUCGUUAUGGAGUAAUUCAUAGAGUUCACUUAUUGAGUCAUCAAGAUUUGGGAACACGCACCAAAAGUGACACAGUAAUUACAGAUGUUGUUAUUUUAUUUGCAGAAACAGAUAAAUGA